AUGGGGCCUUGCUGGGCCCUGGGGCUGCUGCUGGCCCUGGCACCCAUCCUGCUCGGCCUGUCCCCAGCCCGCCAGCCCACCCUGCCCCAGUGGCAAGGCUUCCAGGCGCAGCAGUUCCAGGGGGACUGGUUGGUCCUGGGCCUGGCGGGCAACAGCCUGACAAGGAAGGACCGGGCCCUGCUCAACCCCUUCCUCAUCACCUUCGAGCUCAACGAGAAAGGCCAGCUGGAGGUGUCCAACGCCAUGACCCGGGGCAAGCGCUGUGACACCUGGAACUACGUGCUGACGCCAGAGUCCCAGCCAGGGCACUUCCGGGUGGAUGGCCUUACAGGAGUCUCACUUUGGUGUCCUCCACCCCAACCAGGGCCGGAGAGCGAGGUUGUCCAGGUGGUGGAAGGCGACUAUGAGAAGUUUGCCCUGGUGGUCUCCCAAAGACUCACUGGCACCCAGACCAUCCUGCGAAUCAGCCUGCUGGCAGUCAGGAUCUGGCAGUUGCCAUCAGAGGUGAAGAACAAAUUCUUUUGCCUGGCCCGCAGCCAGGGCCUCAAAUGGGACAACAUUGUCUUUCCAGAUCUGACCGAGUGGUCGCCUGGCCCGCACAGCUGCUGACGACAAAGCGGCCCCUGACUCCGUGCGCCCCUUCCCUCCACCUG